GCAGUGCCAGCCGUGCCCCCCGGGGCACCUUCUCCGCCAGCAGCUCGAGCUCGGAGCGGUGCCAGCCCCACCGCAACUGCACGGCCCUGGGCCUGGCCGUCAACGUGCCGGGCUCCGUGUUCCACGACGCCCUGUGCACCAGUUGCACGGGCUCCUUCCCGCUCGGCUCGCUGGAGCUGGGGGCGCCGGGGACCGAGGAGUGCGAGCGCGCCGCGGUCGACUUUCUGGCUUUCCGGGACAUCCCCCCCGAGAGGCUCCAACGGCUGCAGCAGCUCUGGCUCCGACGCCUCUCCUCUGAGGACCCAGGCCCCGGCCUCUCGCGGCAGGAUGGACGAGGAGAGCCUGCAGACCGCCCUUCGGACCUACGACGCACAGCUGCAGCAGGUGGAGCUGGCCCUGGGCGCCGGCCUGGACCCCUCGGAGCUGGCCGACCUGCGCCAGCUGCAGGGGGACCUGAAGGAGCUGAUCGAGCUCACUGAGGCCAGCCUGGUGUCCGUCAGGAAGAGCAAGCUGCUGGCGGCGCUGGAUGGAGAGCGCCCAGCCCAGGAGGAUGCUGAGUAUUUGGCUUUCCAGAAGGCCAUUGCUGAGGCAGUGGAGGUGCCAGUAGCCCCCGGGGCAGAAUUGGAGACUGUUCCUACGAGAGAGGCUGGGCCAGGACCCACGCAGCCUGGGCAGGAGGAGGGCGAGGGCGAGGAGGACGGGGCAGAGUUGAGUGGGAGGAAGGUGAACGCCCCCUACUACAGUGCCUGGGGCACCUUGGAGUAUCACAACGCCAUGAUCGUGGGCACCGAGGAGGCGGACGACGGCUCCCCAGGCGUGCGCGUGCUCUAUCUCUACCCCACUCACAAGUCUCUGAAGCCUUGCCCGUUCUUCUUGGAGGGGAAGUGCCGCUUCCAGGAGAGCUGCAGGUUUUCCCACGGGCAGGUGGUCUCCGUGGGUGAGCUGCGCCCCUUCCAGGACCCGGACCUGAGCUCCCUGCAGGCCGGCUCUGCAUGUCUGGCCAAGCGGCAGGAUGGCCUCUGGUACCCAGCGCGGAUCACCGAUGUGGACAGUGGCUACUACACGGUCAAGUUUGACUCUCUGCUGUUGAAGGAGGCCGUGGUGGAGGCGGAUAGCAUCCUGCCCCCACUGCGCAAGGAGCCCGUGGGGUCCUCUGACUCCGAUGGCAGUGACACGGACGACGCCAGCUACGCCCGAGUGGUGGAACCUGGCGCUGCCGACCCCGGGACCUGCAGCUCUGCCUUCGCCGGCUGGGAGGUGCACACGCGGGGCAUCGGCUCCAGGCUCCUCGCCAAGAUGGGCUACGAGUUUGGCAAGGGUCUGGGCCGGCACGCGGAGGGCCGAGUGGAGCCCGUCCACGCCGUGGUGCUGCCGCGAGGGAAAUCGCUGGACCGGUGCGCAGAGGUGCUGCAGAAGAGAACUGGGAGUGGCCAGGCUGGUGCCUGCAGGCCCCCAAAGUGCCGGGGCAGAGGGGGCGGGCCUGGAGGCCGCCCACCGCCUCGCAGUGUGUUUGACUUCCUGAACGAGAAGCUGAAAGGCGGGGCUCCCGGGGCCCUGGAGGUGGGGGGGGCGGCGACCCCCGGGACGAGGAGUGGCAAGGAGGUUUACCACGCCAGCAGGAGUGCCAAGCGGGCCCUGAGCCUGCAGCUCUUGCAGACCGAGGAGAAGAUCGAGCAGACCCAGCGCGCCAUCCGAGGCAUCCAGGAGGCCCUCGGCCGCCACGCCGGCCGGCACAGCGUGACGGUGGCCCAGCUGCAGGAGAAGCUGGCGGGAGCCCAGCGGCAGCUGGGGCAGCUCCGGGCCCAGGAGGCGGGCCUGCAGCGGCAACAAAGGAAGGCAGACACCCACAAGAAGAUGACCGAGUUCUAGAGCCCCCGCACGUGGCAUGGACAGAGCUCAGGGACCCUGGCUCCCGCUGCCCUCGGGAAGACCGGCUGCCACUCGACAACUAGGACCCCACCAGAAGAGGGGCCAGCCCGCUCCACGGCUAGACCCCACGGUUGGCCUUCUUGCCGGCCUCGGGCGUGGGGCCACUGCCGAGCGGAGACGGGCUGCAGGGGUGCCUUCCUGAUGCUUCCUUGCCCAUUGAGCCCCCCUACCAGUGUCCCGGGGCAUCUCCUGAGCAAGGACAUUAAAGUAACUUUGUUGCGGUGUCU